AUGAGGUGGUCUGGUAGUGAGAAAACAACAACAUCAAAUAGCAAUCUAGUCCUACACAGGAGCAGCAAUGACGGCAGCAGAUACGGGGUGGGGAUUUACGUGUCCGAGCGCAUAAAAAACACACUGCACUCCUCGGAACCCAUUUCUGAUAGACUCAAGAAAGCCAGAUUCAGAUGUAGAGCUAGACAUAUAAACAUCAUACAAUGCUAUGCCCCGACGGAAAACGCCAAAGAUGACACCAAGGACGACUUCUACAUUGCCUUUACAGCAACCCUCAGCAAGACACGGCAAGGUGACAUUAACAUCCUCGUGCGUGAUUUUUAUGCGAAAGAAGGCCCCAACAACACCGGACUAAGAUCUGUCAUGGGCCAACAAGGAACUGGGACUCGCAAUGACAACGAAGAGAGAUUAGCGGAACUCUGCCAGCUAUUCCAACUGGUCAUCGGCGGCACAAUAUUCCCACACAAAGAUGUCCACAAAUACUCCUGGACAUCUCCUAGUGGUAACACGCGCAACCAGAUCGGCCACAUUUGCAUUAGCACGAAAUGGAGACACUCAUUACUGGACUCCGACUUGACCAUUCAAAUUCUGAAGUGGCGCUAUUUCCGAUACGUGUUCAGCGCCGAUAUCGAAAAAAUGUAUCGGCAGAUCUGGGUAGAUCCGAAACACACUCCAUUCCAGUGA